UAGAACUUAGACGUUUUUAUUUAUUGUCAUAGUUUUUCCUGUUUAAAACGGUUCCUCAAAAAGUAUGACUAAUUUUUGAAUAAUAAGAAAGUGCAGUUAGACACAAGGCAUAUUUUUAAAUGUACCUUUAUAAAAGGUAAAUUGGAGAUAUACAAAUUGAAAAGACAAGAAAACUGAAGAAUCUAACGAUCAGAAAGUCUAGUCCACCUCCUUUCAGUACUAAAAUCAACUGGUGCUAUAACUGUUCACAAUGAUGUACGAUUUCCAGACCAUCGCUCAAUACACCUGCUUGUCAUGUGCAUUAGCUUCUCUAUGUAUAUUAUGCCAAGUGUCUUAUACAGUCUCAGAAUACUCGCCAUACGAGACUUACAGUAGCUCAGAUAUCAGAAACCUGUUUAGUCCCCAAUCUGGGUAUGAUGACGUCAACAAAUAUGACGUCAACAAAGAAGACGAGUAUCUUCCCGUCGAUAAAAGAUACGCCAGCUUGUCCUAUUAUUAUGGCGGAAGACCCAGAAAUAAAGGCUCUCCAAGAUACUAUCAUAACAGAUAUUAUCGUUCUAGAUAUUACCAAAACUACCAUAAGCCCUGGAUGAAUCUAGACGACAGGGAGUGCUUCCGAGAACAAUGCCAGAUGGAUAAUGACUGCUGUCGAAGGUACAGCAAAUGUGAUCGCUCUGCGCAUGUCUGCUAUAGCUGCUGGUAUGGACACCCUUGCAGGAAGUCACGUGACUGCUGCGAACGCUAUCCGCACUGUGAUAAAACCCUUGGGAGUUGCACAGCAUAGCUAACUAAACAAAUGUUUGAAUACUACCACAACGCUUGUCUGACAAGGUUUUAGAUUUUGAACAUUGUUUAUAUUUUAUCUCUAUUUUAAAAAAAAUAUUCGCCAUAAUGACCAUGUUAUUAUUGAGAUUCCUGGACUGCUAUGUAUGUUAUCUGCAUUGUAUUAUAAUCACGAGAUACGUUCACCAUACCUUUGUACUUUGUACUUAGCUUUAAUUACAAAGUGGAUCGUACAUUGAUUUAUAAGGCUUGAAUGUUAAUGUAUUUCAAAGACAUUUAUCAAGUUCAUGAUUUGAAUACAAUGUUCUUGAGACAACAUUUAUGGCUGGUUACACUGCUUUUAAGUGCGUUGCGACAGUUAUCUUCAUCCUGGUUUGAAUGCAAACUAUUUAUGACAAUUUGUCCAAUUUUUAAUACUGCUUAUGAUGAUUUAAACGAUAUUUUAAAUAUCCUUUUUGCUUCUCAGAUUUAGAAUUAUACUAAUAUGCUACCGCUACAGUAAAGAUCCUUGUCGUAACCUUUUACUAACCAUUUAAUUAUUAGGUUUUAACUGAAAUAGUUCCUAUCGCUUUCUGCAUUGAAAUGAUAGUGGUAUAUAUCUUACUGGACAAAGGUGCUAAUGUAAUGAAACAGUGUUUGACGAUAUUCUAUGGUUUGAUUAUUGUUUAUAUUUUGUUGUUAUUUUAAAGGCACUCGCCAUUAUUUACAUGUCAUUGUUGAAACUUGACUGUUGCGAACGCCAUCCGCAUUCUGAAACAAGACUUGAUACGACUUAAUGUAACGCAUACAAAUUUGAAUUAUUGUCACGUGAGCUACCAAUUAAGGAAUUGUAAUCUUCUUAAGAUUUAUCGCUAUUUUGAAGACCCUUACUUUCUUUAUCUUUUUGCUAAGAUACGACUGAGAAUAUCUUAUGAGAUUCUGUUUCACCCCCUCCCCCCCCCCCUCCAUAUCAUUCUCCUAUUUGAAUACAAUGUUCGUUGAGAUAUUGAAAUGUGGUAAUAUCUUUCCUUUAUUUUAAAGACCAUAACCAAAAUUCGCAUUAAGUUAUUAAACAAAUACAAUGUUCGACAGAUAAAACAUUCGAUCUUGCACCUAACUGAUAGUUACCUGUAUCUUCUUUUAAAAGACCCUUUCCGCAAUUCAUUAGUAAGCCUGUUUAGUGACUGAUAUUGUCGUUAAAUGAAUACAAGCAAUUCAACAGAGCAUUGAAAAUGUGUUUUUGCGAAGAAUAUAUACUAUUCUUAAUAUUCUGCGAUACUCUACUCAUACAUGUCUCUUUUUGUGAUGUAAUUUGUUACUGUUCUGUAAGAUUUAAAACGAAAUUUUGCUGUAGCCUGUUUUAAGCUUGUAAAAAAUAUCAUUGCUGCUGCAAUCAAAAUGUGCAUAAGAACACAUUGUUUGCUUUAUAAUAGCUAUUUUAUUAUCAAGUGAUAUCAUUUUAUCAUGGCGAAUUAAAACUUGAACUUUUUCUUCAACAUUUAAAGCCCUAUAUUUGGUAAAUGUUUAAAGAACUUAAACGGGAACAGUAAAUCGUUUACUUGAAUUGAAUUACAAUGAUCAUAGCCCAAUCAUUUAGUUUUCACAAUAUAUGUUUUGGCUGGUUCGUGUCUCUGUAAUCAUUGCGUUGUCAUUUUUAUUUAGACAUCAUGACCAACCAAAUAUAAACAAAAAUUGUUUAGGAUGCCGGGAAUCUUAAUUAUGGAUGCCGGCAUAGUCCUUCCUGUAUGCAUAGUUAAUGAAAGUACCGUAAAUCGUUUCUUAUUUAAUGAAUUGAUUGUACGAUUGUUGCUUGUGUUCCAUUUGUUUGAUUGUGUCCUCUCUUUUUUUAGUUUACAUAGCCAUUAAACAGGGUUUGUAUUUAAUUUUUUGGCUACUGAGCUUGUUUCUGUAGCUUUUCAUAUAACUAUUUCUAUUAUUGUAUUGUAUUUAUG